AUAUAUGUGUAAAUAACGCGUAUUUUAUUUCUUUCCCUUAUGUGUCAUUACCAGGUGGAUAAGAUGGGUCGUGGUUAUCAGGGCGAUCCAUCCUCCGCUCUGCUGGAACUUCUGGACCCUGAACAGAACGCCAACUUCCUCGACCACUACCUGGAUGUUCCUGUAGAUCUGUCAAAGGUUCUGUUUAUCUGCACGGCCAAUGUGCUCGACACCAUCCCCGAGCCGCUCAGAGACCGGAUGGAGAUGAUCAAUGUGUCUGGAUAUGUUGCCCAGGAGAAACUGGCUAUUGCUGAGCAAUACCUGGUCCCUCAGCUGCGCUCUCGCUGUGGUCUGACUGAGGAGAACGCCUCAAUCUCAUCCGACGCCCUCGGCCUGCUUAUCAGGCAGUACUGCAGGGAAUCAGGAGUCAGAAACCUGCAGAAACAAGUUGAAAAGGUUUUCCGAAAGGUGGCAUUCAGUAUUGUCAGCGGUGAAGAAACCACAGUGACCGUUACACCUGACAACCUGCAGGUCUAUGUGGGUAAACCCAUCUUCACAGUGGAUCGAAUGUACGAUGUCACCCCACCAGGAGUGGUUAUGGGGCUGGCAUGGACUUCUCUUGGAGGGUCAACGUUGUUCAUCGAGACUUCACUACGCCGGCCUACUGGAGGAUCGGACCCUAAAGUAGAGGGGUCACUGGAGGUCACAGGUCAGCUGGGUGAUGUCAUGAAGGAAAGUGCAAAGAUCGCCUCAACCUUUGCCAGAACCUUCCUGAUGACGCAGGAACCAGAGAAUCACUUCCUGGUCAACUCCCACCUGCACCUGCACGUCCCUGAGGGGGCGACUCCCAAAGACGGACCAAGCGCUGGCUGCACCAUCGUCACAGCACUGUUAUCCCUGGCAACCAACCAGCCGGUGCGCCAGAACAUAGCCAUGACUGGUGAACUGUCACUGACUGGCAAAAUACUGCCAGUGGGCGGAAUUAAAGAGAAAACUAUCGCUGCCCGUCGUGCUGGUGUGACCUGCAUCAUCAUGCCGGCUGAGAAUAGGAAGGACUUCUCUGACCUGCCCGACUACAUCAGCGAGGGCCUAGAGGUCCACUAUGUGGAUCACUACCACCAACUCUACCCCAUCGCAUUCCCACAGGACCAGUCUUAACCUGAUUUCAACUACAGCACUAAAAUCAAAGCAAGGUGGACAAAGAGUGACUGUUUUGGUUUGUUACCAGAUAAGACUGGUUGUAGUAGAUAUAAAGUUUGGCACUACAUUAUCUCUUCUAGAAUCAUCCAGAAGAACAGCUGACUUUGUGAUUAUUCACAGGACCAUCAUGUGACAGAAGACAACAUCACUGAGCCAACUGGCCAAAGAUGGACAUGCACAGUAAAGUCAUGGUAAUGAUGAACACAGGCCGGUCAUCACAGGAUGUGAUGUCAUUGAUUAACUGAGGUUGAUGUGACAACCUUGCUGCCAGUUAGCCUCUUUACCCACAGCUCUCAUUAUAUAGGGCUUUGGAUGGACUCGUUCACAGAUUUCUUAUAUUAUUUUAUAUUAAUAUUGGCCAGAUGUGAAGAUGAUGUUGAAAUAAAUUAAAUCAUAAAAGC